AUGUCAUGUGUCCACUAUAAGUUCUCUUCAAAGCUGAACUAUGAUACAGUCACCUUCAAUGGCUUCCACAUCUGCCUGCGUGACCUCAAGCACCAGAUCUUUGGCCGCGAGAAGCUGAAGCCAGCCAACUGUGACCUGCAGAUCACCAAUGCCCAGAUCAAAGAAGAAUACACAGAUGAGAAUGCCCUGAUUCCUAAGAACUCAUCGGUAAUUGUGAGAAGAAUCCCUGCUGGAGGAGGUAAAGCUACCAGCAAAAGACAUGUUCUAAGUCGAACUGAGCCAGUGAGUGGAACAUCAAAAGCAGUUGAUGAGUCUUCUGCAUCUACUUCUCUGGCCCAGCUUAUGAAGUUCCCAGUGUGGGAAGAUAGAAGGGGAGCACCUUAUCAGCCCCAACAUGAUGUUGCAAAUUACUCACCUUCAAGACACAAAGAAGAGGCACUUCAGAAGCUGUUUACCAUUUUUCCUAUGUUUUGUUAAUUUUGCAUUGGAAACUAAGACAAUUUUCACAGAAGAAUUUAGUUGGCUGUAAGUUAUGGAUGUUUCAGGGGGAUUUGCAACAGCCAAAAGAGAAGCGUUUCUCUCACAUGGACAACUGCAUGGCUAUUUCUGAAUUUCUGGUCAUUAUAGUUAUAGGUCCAUUCUUUGAAUGCUUCACAGUUUCAUAAAUUGUAGUGUAUGUACA